AUGUCGUGGGCAGGCUUCAAGAAGAAUGUCAACCGCGCGACGACGCAGGUUAUGAUGAAGACUGGCCAUGUCGAGAAAACCAAUGACCGCGAUUACGAAGUUGAGGAACGCCGGUUCCGUACGAUGGAGGCAGCAUCAUUACGGCUACAGAAAGAGGCUAAGGCAAUGACAGCAUCACAAAUGCGCAUCGCCGAGACCAUCGACGCGUUCUACGGGGACGCCGGUGCCAAGGAUGGUGUCAGCAGAAGCUACAAACAGGCCGUGGAAGACCUGGACGCAGAGACGAUAAAAGCCCUCGAUGGCCCUUACCGGACAACCGUGUUGGAGCCCAUCACGAGAUUCUGCGCCUACUUCCCGGACGUAAACGAGUGCAUUAAGAAGCGCAGCCACAAACUCCUCGAUUAUGACGCACUCCGCGCCAAGGUCAAGCGACUGGUUGACAAGCCCGACAAGGAUGUCACCAAGCUGCCCCGGGCCGAGAAGGAGCAGGAGAUGGCCCGCGCCGCCUACGAACAGCUCAACGAGCAGCUGUCCACCGAGCUGCCCCAGCUCAUCGAUCUCCGCGUCCCCUACCUUGACCCCUCCUUCGAAGCCCUCGUCAAGAUCCAGCUGCGCUUCUGCGCCGAGGCUUACAGCCGCAUGGCUCAGGUGCAGCAGUACCUCGACGCCGAGACGAGAGAUCAGUACGCCCAGGGGCAGCUGGAUGCCCGCGUGGAGCAGGUGUUGCAGGAGAUCAGGGAGUUGAGCAUCAGCGGCACGGUCUAG